UACUUCGUUGUUGUCAAACAUAACCUCUCAUUUGUUCGUUUAGUUCAGUGGAUUAAUUUUGCGAGGGAAAAUAACUGAAAGUCUAUAAUGUGGUAAUAAAGGCGAAUUUAGUGAAUGGUAUAGAGGCUUCUCUAAAACAAUUUUCAAUUAAACAUUAAUAGUUUUAUAUACAAAUUGUCAUCAUCUUAAUUGAAACAUGUUGCACAAUUGGAGAACCUUAUGAUUAAAGUCAAAAAUAUAAAAAAUAUAUCAAAAAUGGCCCAUGCGGUUUUUUCUAGGGGUGAUACUUUGCGUCCGUUUACUGUUGCGGUAGAAGGAAAUGUUGGAAGUGGAAAAACAACAUUUUUAGAACAUUUUAAUAAGAAUGAUAAUGUUGCUGUUUUUGCUGAACCAAUAGACAUGUGGAGAAACUGCGAUGGUUAUAAUUUACUGGAACUUAUGUACAAUGAUCCUAAAAAAUGGAGUUUUACAUUUCAAUCAUAUGUUCAGCUUACAAUGUUAAGACAGCAUCAAAAGAAAAUAAAAGAGCCAGUAAAAUUAAUGGAACGUAGUUUAUAUAGUGCGAGAUACUGUUUUGUUGAAAAAAUGUCCAGAGAUAAUUUAAUGCCAGGAGCUUCUGUUGCUGUCAUAGAUGAAUGGUUCAAAUAUAUCACAACGUUAGAUCACACUAAGGUAGAUCUUUUUGUAUACCUCCGUACUUCCCCAGAAGUUGCAUAUGAGAGGAUUUUAAAACGAAAUAGAAGUGAAGAAAAAACAGUUGCAUACCAGUAUAUAAAAUCUCUACAUGAUAUACAUGAAGACUGGUUAUAUCAUAAAACUUUACAUAAAUGUGCAGCCCCUGUCAUUGUAUUGAAUGCUGAUUUAGAUAGAUCGGUCAUAGAAGAAGAAUAUGAAAAAUUUGAACCACACAUACUUAAUAAAACUGCACUAGAAAUUAAAUUGGCGUAAUCUGUAUGUAUGAAUUAUAUUGAUAAUCAUUAUUUGUGUUUGGAGGAGGUUUCCUGAGAUGGGUUUAUUGUUUUUCCAUAUUGCAUUUUAUUUCAGAACGUUUGUGUUUUCUCCAUUCUUUAGUGCAUUCUUUGAUCUGAUCAUAGUGGAGUAUAAUCAUCUCAUUGGUCAUAUCAUUUUGUGAAUGCUGUGUCAUGGCAUGCUUCUAUUUGCUUGUUUUCAGUUUACAACUACAUCCUUUGGAAUUCUUCUUUAUGUUUUAUCAAAGUUUUAAAUACAUUGGUUUUUGUUUUGUUUCAUAGGUGUAAAUUAAAAGUGUAGCUAUUAUGGUGGUUUCUGAAUAUUUGCAAUGCCUCUUUUUGAUUAAAAACCACUGGGAUUUUUUUAAACAACAUGUGCCUUUACAUGAUCUAAGUUCAAUUUGUGGUGUAAUCAAUUUUUUGGAGGUAAUCAGGAAAUUCGAAAUAUAAAAAAUUCUAGAACUCAAAUAAAUAAAAAUAAUAAUAUUCGAUCAAAAAAACAAUAAACAAAAAUCUUAAUUCCCAUUUGAUGUAUUCUAUUAAAUGAAAAAAUGACAGAUAUUCAAAUUGAUAUUUUUAUUGUAAAAUUACUUAACAUUAUUUGAUAUUUAUAUUUCUUCACUCAAAGUUCUAGUGAGCUUUCUUUUGUUUUUUUAAUACCUUCUCUUCUAAAACCAUCUAAAAUUGGAAUGAGGAAUGAUUUCUGACUUUUAUCUUUUAUAAACAAAUCAUUGUACUCUUGCAUUAGUUUAAUGUUUAAUUAACUUGAUUGUAUAAAGGCAUGUGUUGUUUGAAUUAGAAAAAAAAUUUCCCAGUGGUUUUUCAUCAAAAAAAGCUUUUUAGAGGGCGUCGCAAAAAUGUUGAUUUUCAACUACCACUCUAGUAAUCAUUGGUGAAUAUAAUCAUACCUCCAUUAUUCAACAAAGGCUCAAUUAGACUACCUUGAGUUUUGUUCACAUGUUUUUAUAUUCCAGGUAUAAACUUAUGGUUAGGUUGACACCUUGACUAGUUUGAUGACAAAUCUAUAUUUUAUUGUAUAAUGCCAUAUAUAUGCGUAAAGUUUUAAAUGGGGAACAUGUUAAGGAGAACUGAAAAAUAUUGUAAAAAAAUGGGAUUUUAGCAUUAAUGCUGACCAAACGUGGCAAAAUUAGCAUAAAUAAUACAAGAUGGUACUUGAUUUAAUUUCUAUUAAUUAUAGGGUCUUUAAGAUUUCAUUAUGUUACAAAUAAAAUUACAGGACUCUUGGAUGUGCUUAUACUGGCUUGUUUGAUAAAAAUUUAUUCAAAAUUUUAUUAUGGCAUUAACCACUAUUCACAAGCAAAAUUUGUUUAUUUCUCUUGGAAUUGAAUAAUACUUUAAAGAAAUAAUUUUCAAAGUUUGACUUAGUUCGAUUUUGAAUAAUAAUUUGACAAAACCGUCCUUUUGAUAGUGUCUUUGGGAAAUAGUCCUUGUAGUUUAUUUUUACUUUAACCAUUCAGAUGAAACAUUUUUUUUUAUUGCAUUAUGAGGAACAUCUGUCUCACAGAGUGAUAUGGGAAUUUACCUUUUUUUGUGAACUGAAUCAAUAUUUUAAGGCAUUCAUUUACCCAGACUUACUUUUUUAUAUAAUAACACAUAGGUGAUUGAUAUAUCAACAGAAACUUUUUUUUAUCUAUUCUUUAAAUAGAUUGUGGAACAUAAUUGCUAACUAUCGGUCACACGCAAGAGUUAUAAUUCAAUCAAAAAAAUACCAAAUAGGUCAAUCCAGAACCAUGACCUGCCAACAUGACAAACACUAAUAUGGCCGCUGGACGACAAACAACGUGUUUAACGCUAUUAUGACCACUGGGUUUUGCUAUUUUUUCGAGGUCUGACUUUUUAUCUUUAUAUUCCAAAUAUAUAUCCCAAAUUCUGGUAAUCCAGAUUUAACGUCAUUUUAUUAUUAUUAGCAAUAUCUGCUCUUUGCCUGUGAGAAUGAAUUACUAUUUAUAACUCAAGCAAACCUACAGUAAUUUCAAAAACUGUGUAAUUAUUAAAGCUUGUAUAAUAUUUAGUUUUCUCAUCAUUUCUUAAAGCUUCACUAAAAAGGGUAUGUUUUAGUAAUAUACUGAUAAAAGCUAACUUAGUAAAAGGAUUAGAUAUGUCUUCUGAUGAUAAAUCUGUCUGCACCUCUUGAGUACAUCCACAUGGAAAUUCUUCUGGAACAUUUUCUGUACUUGUACAUAGAGAUUCAGUAAAGCCUAAAGAUAAUCUUUUAUAAAAUGAUAAUAUUGAGUUGAGACUACGGACAGAAAAGAAGUAGGCUUCAUCAAGCAUAUUUCCCAGCAACCUUUCAUAAAGACAAAAUUUUGAUUAUUGUAUGAAAAUUCUUACUCUACAAACUACAAAUGUGAUAUACUCUAUGAUAAUUAUAUUUUAUACAUUAAAAUUUAUCAGGUUUUGUACCCUCAACGUUUGUUCCUCUUUCUUAUUUUUUUCGUUUUUCAUGGAUGAAGGUUUCACCUGUUUUAUAACCCAUGUUUAAACUAAGGUCCCAAUCAUGGUUUAAUGUGUCCUCCUAAUGUACCCUGAAAUAAAAGAAGCAGAGCCUGGACUGCAGUAUCAUACUAUCUCUAACAAGCCAUUGUAUGUAUAAUGGCUUGGUAGAGACAGUGGCCACUAUGUUUAACCUAAACUACGACACAAAAUAAAUUAUUUCCGUAUUUUUUUUUAGUUAAAAGUAGUAUUGAGUCCUUGAAAAGUUUUUUAUUAAGUACUUGAGAAUCUGAAGUAAGAUUUUAUAAACUUUAUUAUAAAAAGUAUAAAUGCUAAAUCAGCCGAGUUGGGGUUAAACAUGGCGACCAUUCUCACGUGGCCAUACUGUCUCUAUCAAGCCAUUGUACAUAUACUGUACCAAGAUCUAGUACCAAAUCUGUAAACUAUAUCCUCCUAACAAACGGAUGUUCCAGUUUAAAGAUCGAAGCAAUGGUAACAAUUUUUGUAUCUUUUGUAUUUGUUGAUUGCGACUGGUAGAUUGGAAUUGAGUUGGUUAACGAUUUCACUUUGAUAGUCCUAUAUUUCAUAAAAAAAUUCUCAAUACCAUAUGCCUAUGAUUGGUUUUAAACUUGAUGUACACAACAUCUCAUUUUCUUGAAGUAGUUUGUUAUAAUAUACAGGUUGGUUUGUUGAAUAGGAUGACUAUUUAUGGUUUUAAGUGACAUACUAAACUUAUCACAGAAAUCUAAUAUCGGGAAAUUUCGUUAGAUUCUGAGAAAAAUUGAAUAUAAGCGUCAUUUUCAAUAUAUAGUAUUCAAAAGUUAGCAUUUUAUAUUAUUUUAUAUUUCGAUUUAAAUAAAUUUGUGAAAAAUUCACUGCUUUAACCAAAGAUUUAUAUAAAAACACUAGUAUUCAUGAAAUGUACAACCAGAUGAAAACAUUUAAUUUAAAAUUAUCUCGAUCAUCAGAUAUUUGUGCAUUUAGGUAAGUAUAACUAAAGAAUAAUUUAGACAUUCAUAGAUACAAUAUCUUUUGGUUACAUUUUCAGGAUAUAUUAGUCUAGUUUUGUUAAGGAUGAUUUUUUAAUCAGCUGCUGAACAUAAUGAUCAACUUAGCAAAUGUUUUUCUGAAUGUUAAAAUGUAAUCAAAGCGGAAAAUUUAAAUAUUCUACUACAGGAUAACAUCCAAUUUGUGUAGACAAAAAAAUGCAGCAUUUCAUGUUACUAAUGAGAAUAAUUUUAUGUAAACCUUCAAAAUAUAAGAACUGGAAAUCAAUUAUGGCGGAAGGUAAACAAUAAAAUGUUAGCUACUCAUUUUAAAUAAUUUCAUUUUCUAGUUCUUACAUCUUGAUACACACUAUAUAAGAAAUUUAUUACGUAGAACUUUCUAAAAGUAUUGUCUAUUUUAAAAAUAUAUUAUAAAUAAAAAAAAACGAUUUUUUUGUUAUACUAAUUCAUGACAACAUUUUGUAGGAAUCUAAAUAAUUAAAUUGAUCAUUCUGUAUAAA